ACCUACUUCUCUCAUUUGCACAAUGAUCACGCGCAUCAGAGUCGAGAUUGUCGAAGAGAAGAGCACCUAGUAGCGGUCUUUCGACAAAGACAUGGCGAUCGUAUGUUACGCGACUAGAAUGCGAUUAUUCAUAGUGUCAUGAAGUCGUUUUCGAUGGCAUGUUCACAUACUGGUUCACCAAGACAGGCUUCGAAUGUGGUACGCAUGACACGACUUCGUAAGGCUCGAUACGUUCUUCGGUCAAGGUCGCCAUUCUCAAGAAGAUGGAGAGUGUCCGAUACUAUUUGACAGUAUAGCAAGAACAGGAUACCUAUCUUUUAUUGAUACGAUUUACGAGAGUUGAGUGUAACACGCCAUGCCGGAGUCGGGGAAGUGUUUAGGGAAGGAGCAUGACUGCCAAGGCUGGCACAGAGGGCGGUCGCCGGUCGGAUUCUGCCGACGCAAGAGCAUUUGGACUUUGGUAUGCGGCGAGCACCACCGAGAAGUCACGCCCACGUCUCAUACCACAAUACAGCACAAACAUGUCGGUCCAAGCAGCAAUCAAAGCGCCCUUCCGCGUAGGAACUAAGGAGGUAUUCCUGCCAAACUUCACAAUCACGCUCGUCCAAACACCGCGCAUGCCCGCCAGCUUUGCAAAAUUCAUCGUGCCUCUCAAUAUGAACAAGCUCGAUCUCCGCGACUACCUCUUCCACGUCUACAACGUCCGUGUCGUCAGCGUCCGCUCCUACAUCGAACAGCAAAAAGUCACCCAAGGCAAGCCCAAUGCCCCAAAGCAGCAGAUCAAGCGUUGGUUUCGCCCGCGCGCCAUCAAGAAGAUGACGGUCGAGUUGGAGAGCCCGUUUGUGUGGCCAGAGUUGCCGAAUGAGGAGGACUUGAAUGAGAAUUGGAGUACGGAUACGCAUAAGCAGGCUCAAAAGGACAACGACAAGUAUGCCGAGCAAAGAGGCAGAUUGGCAGAUACAUCUGUGGACAGAGAUGAGAGAAUGAGUAUGAGAGAGCAGGCCAAGGCGCUGUUGGAGAGAAAGGAGCAGUGGAAGCCUGCUCAGCAAUUGGGCUUUGGGCAAAGAAAGUAGAUGGAAGGGUAUGGUUGGUAUGAGCAUUCUUGGCUUGGAGUAUGAGGCGUUGGCAUCACAAAACACGGGCGAGUGUGCAUAUGGGACAGCACUGUACUAUAUUCGAUCCAUAUCUAGGCAUGAGUUGCCUGCUCGCUCCUCAAUGGCUGCGAGUUGUACUUUUACAAACUCACCAUCACCUUAAUGCCGUGAAUUAGGACAGAGGCACUCAUUGAUUCUAGGAUGCAUCUGAAACCAUCUCAGAGCAUUUCCAA